GAGGGGACAGGGGCGAUAACUGGGAAAGCUGACAUCCGAAGGCUGGGCAAAUACUUGGGAUUCCGCUUCCGUUUCAAACGGAGGAAACUUUCGCAGAAUCCGAAAAUACAUAGCCGCAAGUGAUUUGAUUUAUAAUCCAAAUCAAAGUGCACCUCAGCAAUGGCCACUUCACCGCAGAAAUCUCCAUCUUCGCCCAAAUCUCCGACUCCUAAAUCGCCACCUUCCAGAAAGAAGGAUGACUCGUUUCUUGGGAAACUUGGAGGAACUUUGGCGAGAAGAAAGAAAGCUAAGGAAGUGUCUGAACUCCAGGAGGAAGGGAUGAACGCCAUCAACCUGCCCUUGAGUCCAAUCCCCUUCGAGCUGGACCCCGAGGACACCCUGCUGGAGGAGAACGAAGUCCGCACCAUGGUUGACCCGAACUCCAGGAACGACCCCAAGCUGCAGGAACUGAUGAAGGUCCUUAUAGACUGGAUCAACGAUGUGCUGGUAGGGGAAAGAAUCAUAGUGAAGGACCUGGCUGAGGACCUUUAUGAUGGGCAAGUUCUGCAGAAGCUCUUUGAGAAGCUUGAGGGAGAGAAGCUGAAUGUCGCGGAGGUGACACAGUCUGAGAUAGCUCAGAAGCAGAAGCUGCAGACUGUCCUUGAGAAGAUCAACGACACCCUGAAGAUCUCCACUAGAAACAUUAAAUGGAACGUCGACUCGAUUCAUGCUAAGAGCACGGUGGCUAUCCUUCACCUGUUGGUGGCGCUGUCUCAGCACUUCCGAGCCCCAAUCAGGCUACCGGAUCACGUGUCCAUUCAAGUUGUCGUGGUCCAGAAACGUGAGGGAAUUCUGCAGUCCCGACAGAUCCAGGAGGAGAUCACUGGGAACACCGAGGCUUUAUCUGGAAGACAUGAGCGAGAUGCGUUUGAUACCCUGUUUGACCACGCCCCAGACAAACUCAACGUUGUGAAAAAGACUUUGAUCACCUUUGUGAACAAGCACUUAAACAAGCUGAACCUGGAAGUCUCUGAACUGGACACACAGUUUGCUGAUGGUGUUUAUCUGGUCCUGCUGAUGGGAUUACUGGAGGGCUAUUUCGUUCCCCUCUACAACUUCUUCCUCACCCCAGAAAACUUUGAACAGAAGGUGCACAAUGUGUCGUUCUCCUUUGAGCUGAUGCAGGACGGGGGUCUGGAGAGGCCCAAGCCCAGGCCCGAGGAUAUCGUGAACUGUGAUUUGAAGUCCACACUGAGGGUGCUGUACAACCUCUUCACUAAAUACCGGAAUGUGGAAUAGGUGGCGCACAAGAUGGUGUGCCCGACACUGCCAGGGCAACAGACCUUGUCACUCAGUCGCUUUUGCACGCCUCACCGUUUCUAGACCCACUGACUACACGCAUAGAAGGCCGUCAGCCGGAUAGCAGUUAGCAUCAAUCUGUGUUGAGUGUGUUCACUGAGAUCCUGCGCUGUUGUGUUGGGUGUUGGGCAGACUUUCUAGUAAUCUUAUUCCAGUUUCACACACCCAACUUUUGUAACGCAGAAAAAAAAGACCCAUCCAUGAGUGAGUCUGUACUAAACGUGAUAUAGCAGUGUGCUUUAAAACGAAGCUCUUCACAAGCAAAUAAUAAUGAUCCAACUUUAAAUUGUAUAAAUACAAAUGUUAUUUUUUUAAAAUGUGGGCAGGAAGGGAGAAAUAUGAUUUAAAAAAAACCUGCUUUAUCAUAUUUUUUUGUAUUUCCAAGAUGACAAAACUAGCCAUUGGAACAAUCAAUAAAAUUUAAACAAUUUUAUAAAUCACACAAUUACAUUAUUUAGGUAAAUGGCAAAAAAGUGCAUAUAGGUAAAGUUGUAUAAACUAUACAGUCAUUGUGUAAUCAGUGGAGGACCUUUUUGAACACACUCAAUUGUACACUUUAUUCUAUCAGCACGUGGCCUUUACACUUGGGAAUCUCUCCACAGUUGUAACGGGUGACUUGCAUGUAUUAUUUCACAACUGGCCCUGCUUGAUGACUGUUAACCAUUACUACAGUGCUGCGAAAAUGUUAACGAAUUAGCUGCAAGUCUUAAAACAAUGAAAUAGCUUAGAGCAAGCAAAAUCUUGUGCUUACGUUUUCAUUCAGUUUCAUUCAGCAUUUACUGAUGUGUACCAUUUGUUUUAUACAGAGAUGAAAUGUCAACUUUUUUUUUGGUUACACUUUUGUUGGCGUUUUAGCAAAUAUGAAAUCCACAAAGCUAUCUUAAAUGUAUUUUUAAAAUAUUAUUUCAUAAAUAUAUCUGAAUCUGAUGUUUGUUUCGAUGUUUGUCUGGUGUUUGGUAUUAUUUUUGUUUAAUACUGUGGAAAAAAUACACCAGAGUUGAUUAGAAAUAUAUUUUGCAACGCAAGCACAUGACAUUUAACAGUAAAAUAAAUCAGUAAAACAUGUAAUUACGACCAGGAAAGUCAGCUUUCCUGAAUUCUUGAAAUAAAUAGGAGGUUGUUAAUUUUCUCUAGUGAUUGAGGGUUGAGUGGGGGGUGGCAAACAUUGUGGUAAUCUUAUUUAAAAUUCACACGAAGUAGGAAAAGGGAACGACCUUUUCGGGUUUGCACUAAAUAUGGUGCAUGACUGUGCUUUAAAACUGGGGCACUGAACGAGCAAAUGGCAGUGGUCUGACUUUAAAUUCUUUAAAUACAAAUGUUUUUUUUUUUUUUUAUGUGGGCCACAGACCUUACUGAUGAACGGUCUGUAUUUACACCGUAUUUGAUGUUAGCAGAAAUUGAGCCAAGGGGUCUCACAUUAUCUGAGUUUUUCAGAUGCUUCUCGAAAACAAUUAUAUUUUGCACAAUGUAUUUCAGACACCAUCACAGCACAUUAAUAUGCCAUUUUGAUUUGCCCAUUGUUAUAUUUAUAAUGCUCUUACAUUUCUCUGUUACUAAUGAGACAAUGGUGUGCAAAUGAAACCCUUUUCCCUCCUAUAUAAGACCAUUCGUGGAUCUUCCGACACUGCUCUGGGAUGAUAUCUAGCAGAUAUCGAUACUCCGUUGUCAUUAGAGUGGGGUGGUUGGAAAUAAAACGUCCUGGCUUUUAACUGAAGAGCGAGGUAAGUGAUUUCAAACCAGUGCAGCAGAUGGUAGCUUACUGGUUUUAAGAAUGCUGCGUGGGAGUUUGGAAAGAAUCGGAACCUUUGUAUUCUUCUGUUUGAAAGGCGCAGCGGCAGCCUGUCGGUUGUGAUUUAGCAAGCGUGUCUGUGGAGCCCGUGUUCUCCAGCAACUUGCUACAAUCCCCUUGCUCCCAUUUAUAAUAGAAAUAUUAUUUGUAAAUUAAUUCUUGAGUUUGUUUGCCACAGAUGGGAAUAUUCGGGGGGGGGGGGGGGCAGAACUUGCAUUUAAAACUGAAUAAUAGUGUGAUGAGAAUAUGUGCAAUUUCUGCCAUAAGUUACAGUUAUGGUUUGGUUGCCGAGUAAAGCGUUUUUAAGGAUUGUUAAAAUGUUCUGCCCGUUUUGUAACUGAACAAAGAUGCCGGUCUAGAUCAUCUUAAUGCAGCUGUUCAGCUUUGAAAGUUCUCAGAUUUUGCAUGGUCGAGCAGCCAGCAGUGGGUAACAAAGAGACGCAGGUUAGCACUGCACUGUUCCUGCACUGUGAAAGCAUUAAAGGCAAGGUCAGGACAGAUUGAUUCUGUGCUCUAAGUGUGCAGAGUAAAAAUCCACAGAUACAACUGAAACAAUCAGAACUAGGAGAAUUACCCAACUAGCAUGUGAUUCUCCUUAGAUACCUGUAUUGAUCUAUUUUAUUUUUUUCCCAAGUAGUAGUUCAUAUCUGUACUUUUAAAAAUUGCUUAUUGAAAAUGUUGUGUUUGUAUGCCGUGUCGAUUUAGCGUCAAGUGCCCACAGAAACGCAUGAAACCCAUGACAGUUGUUCAGCGUUACGUAGGGUUACAGUUGUCUUGCUUUCUAUGGCUGAAUACACAGGAUAAGCAUUUAGGAGAUGGAUAGAUGGAUGAAUGGUCUGAAUGCAUCUGUUCAAUUCGAUGUUGUUGGAUUUAUUUUGAAUGCUGGGAUUUCCACCAUGCGUAAGAAAAGGUCCUUUCUCAUCUGAGUAGUGUUCUGUUGAAAUAAACGCUGUCAAAAUUGCAGCCUUUCACAGCUUUCUUAACACAUGCCCAGGGUCACACUAGUCUGACUCAAAACAGAAACAUUAUGCAGCAUCUGCUGUUUUACUCAGUUGAUAUUAAGUCUCUGUUGUUGUACACAUUUAGAUUUAGAUCUAUUGUAGUUGUAGACUCUUAGAUUGUCAUUCAAUAAUCCAUUUUCUCACACAACUUCUGUCGAGCUGUUAUCAAAACGCCGUAUGUAUUAGGUUCCAGUAUCUUAACCUACUUUAUGUUAGUUAACAUUACAGAAAUGCCUGUGUAACAGAAGCUUGAGCCAAGCAUUUCGGAUUCUCCUUGUUACCCAUAACACGAAACAGGUGUCUGUACAGAAUAAAAGGUAUUAAGGCCCAUAUACAUAAAUCAGUGUGAGAUGAAGACUAGUUAAUUACAGCAUUUUUGAGCCAUUCACAUAUGGCCCAUAAUUGAAAGUAUGCAUCAGGUGCCAUUCAUUUCUGUUCUAGUAAGAGUCAGGUAUUUUAUUACGUAACUUUAUAUUAUUUCAGUGCCUGUCCAUAUUUUGCCACUGAAAUGGCAGGACUAACUGUUACACUCUCUCAGCUGUCAAUACUGCCACGUUCUCCUUCAACAUAUAUUUGGUUUGCUCUAGUAUGUAUGCUAUGCGCUGUGUGUACUUGUUUCGGUUGCUUGGUGAUCGUAUCAAUCAGUUCGUUUUAAUUUUGCUUUUAAUUCGGACAGGCGUAUCCAGCUCAGAGUGUCAUUAUUUUGUAAAUGUAAUUAUGGCUAAUAGCUAUUUGUGUGGGGGAUUUGCUGUAAACAAUUGUAAAGCCUGAAAGAGCUUUUUGCUACGUGCCUAUAAAAUUCUAAGGUUUCACAUUCCUAGAAGAAAUAAAGAAUUUAAAAUCAA